UCACUUAUUCUACUCCAAUUGAUAUACAAUAGCAAAAGGUUAAAUGCUAGGGAGUAGUCUGGAGACGCGCACGCACGCCAAUCAGCAAGCACUCGAGAUUCCCACGAACAACCACCAGAUCUCUGUCGCUCACCAGGACGCGCCAAUGGCAUCAGCUGGCGCCGACGAGGGGACGGCCGCGGCGCCCAGGGCCGCCAUCUCGCACGUCAUCUUCGACAUGGACGGCCUCCUCCUCGACACGGAGGGAUUCUACACGGAGGUGCAGGAAAAGAUCCUGGCGAGGUACGGCAAGGUGUUCGACUGGUCGCUCAAGGCCAAGAUGAUGGGCAAGAAGGCAGCCGAGUCGGCGCGCAUCUUCGUCGACGAGUGCGGCCUCGCCGGCCUGCUCACCCCCGAGCAGUUCCUCGAGGAGCGCGAGAGCAUGCUCCAGGAGCUCUUCCCAUCCUGCACUAAACUGCCAGGGGUACUACGUUUGAUCCAUCAUCUCCAUGCCAAUGGAGUUCCAAUGGCUGUUGCAACAGGAUCCCACAAACGUCAUUUUGCACUGAAGACGCAGAACCACCAGGAAAUGUUUACCCUGAUGCAUCAUGUUGUCAUGGGGGAUGAUCCAGAGGUGAAGGCUGGCAAGCCAUCUCCUGAUAUUUUCCUUGCUGCUAUGAGGAGGUUUGAGGGCAAUGUAGAACCCAGUAAAUGCUUGGUUUUUGAAGAUGCACCGUCGGGUGUAGCAGCAGCAAAAAAUGCUGGAAUGUCUGUGGUGAUGGUCCCAGAUCCGAGGCUAGAUGUUUCAUAUCACAAAGGAGCAGAUCAAGUUCUCCGUUCACUGUUGGACUUCAAACCUAGCGAAUGGGGCUUGCCACCCUUUAAAGAGUAGACGAUUUUAGUCCAAAGAUUAGAAAACUCUGGUGAACAAGAAUGUGAGAAUUCAAGUACUGCUUGCGUGAAUAAGACAAAUUUCGUAUGAACAUUAGCUAGAAAUUUGAUUUGUGUUAGGUCUUGGUGGUAACACUUCGAGCAUUCUUACUGCCUCGUAUUGUGGCCGCAAACUACUUAAUAUGACUUGCUCCCCUUAAAUAUUAUUCCAUAAAGAAUAUCCUACAACUAAAA